UCCAAAUACGACGUCACGUCUCCUCCCCCUGUUUUAUUUUACAUUAUACGGCAUACAGUAGUACUCAGGAUGACUUGAUGUACGUCAAUGGACAGUAGGAUGGAAUCUGAGAUGAGGGUUAUGGAUAUGAUUGAAGCUUGUUUUCGGAAGGAUUCAAACAGUCAAAUGCAUGAAGGUGGGUCGACAUAUUUAGCGUGCGUCAUUCCUUUAUUACCGCCCGUGCAGUGAUAGACAUGGAAUGAAGAGUAACAGAAGAGGAGAGUGAUCUCGGACAAUAAAUCCAGCAGCGGCUCGCUUAACUGUACCCUGUCAUCCAAGUAAGAGUCCUGGGAUUAAGGGUACAGGCUUGUUGGCCGAUUGCGAUCGUUCCCGCAUACCUGUUGAUUAAACCAGGAAUCCGACGCGACGGAGGGAAAUCACUGACUCGGACUGUAAGCGAGGGCUGAGGGAAAAAAACAUAAAGAGAGCGAGACAUGGAAAGAGUCUGAUGGAGAGAGUUGGGGAGGGUGAAGGUGAAUGACAGAUUGGAAACAGGGGCCAUCAACUGUGGUUGUGUUUAGAAGUGGAAGGGGCGGGGGGUGGGGGGGGCACACUGGGGGGUGAAAAAGAGGUUUGAAAUACCUCGCAACCCGUUCAGGCCCACUUGCCAGGAGCCCACCAGACGAGCUGCAGACAGACUUAGCCGCAGAGUCGGAAAAGAGAGGGAGUGCGUUGUGUACGUGUGCGACCCCGGGAAGAGGCGCUUGUUGUCUACUUUGCCAGUACGCAGAUCAGCCAGCCGCAGGUCCACUCGACGCAACCGGCACAGAACGAACGACUCCAGUCCAGCGCAGCUGCUGCACCCGAGCGCAAGAAGGUGCGGCGACAACAGCUUGAUUCGUGAGGAGGAGAGCGCCACCAUCACACACCUCGUACAAGCAUGGCAGAGGCAACUGCCAAGGAGCUGGACGAGCGCUGCUACCUGUCAGCGCAGGCCAUUUCCAGCCUCAAGGUGUCCGACCACUUCCAGGUCUUGAAGUUCCUGGGGGAAGGCUCCUACGGCAAGGUCAUGCUGGCCGUUCACAGGAAGAAAGGAACAGCAAUGGCGCUGAAGUUCUUCCCUCGUCAGUCCACGAGUCUCACGUCCUUCCUGAGGGAGUACAACUUGUCUCUUUCCUACUGCACGCAUCCCUCUCUGACGCGCGCACUGGGCAUCUUUUUUUCCACAUCGUCGCACUACGUCUUUGCCCAGCAGGCCGGCCUCUACGGGGACCUGUACAGCGUGAUCGUAUCGGAGGCCGGCCUGGGCGAGGAACAAGUCCAGAGGGUGAUGUCCCAGCUGAGUGGCGCCGUGACCCACCUCCACACCUUGGGCUUCGUCCACCGGGACAUCAAACCCGAGAACAUCUUCCUGUGUGACAGCUCGUGCCGCUGGGUGAAACUGGGCGACUUCGGCCUGACCCGGCCCAUCGGCUACACUGUCGGUGCCGUGUGGUAUGAGUCGCCCUUCUGCACCCCCGAGGUGGAACCCGUCAAGGAGCCGGAGAAGGCGAAGGAGUGUGAUGUCACAGAGGAGGAGGAGGAGGAGAAGGAGCAUCUUUGGAUCAGGGUGGAGCCCUGCAUCGAUAGCUGGGCUCUGGGGAUCCUCACCUACUGCCUCCUGACUGGCUGCUUCCCCUGGGAAGAGAGCACCACCGACGACCCGGGCUACACCAAAUACAAAGCCUGGUUUGAGCGCGAGGGCGGCAGUGGAAGCGGCGAGGAGGAAUUGGACUGCUACACCAUCAUGAAGGAGAACCACCGGAACAACCCGCCUCCGUCACAGUUCCGCGGACUCAGCUCGCUGGUCAUGGCUCUUUUCCGACAAUUGCUCAACCCCGACCCCGAGCUGCGAGGCAACCCCGACGAGAUCCUGAGCUACCUGGGAGGACCCUGGCUCAUGAAGACGGAGCAGGAGGAGAGGAGGAGGGCUGAGGAGACCGAGCGGGAGGCCAGGAAAAUCAGGGAGGCGGGAGGAGGAGUGGAGGAGGAGAUUGUCAGGGAAGGAAGAGGGGAGAGAUAAGCCAAUAUAAGGGUCGUUCUUUUUCCCUAUUUGACCAGAUACACUCCUCACAAAAAGUUCAGGAAAUUGGGCUUUAAGGAUGAAAUUUCAGGGUGAACCUAAAAUGCUGCAGAACCAUUACCAGUGAACUUCAUUUGACCUUCUCUAACCUUGGAAUGCAAAUGUUCAACUGUUUAUGACUUUUUCCACAAUGUGCUCUUCUCUAUUAAGAUCUCUCAUCAAAAUUUUAGGUAUCUCUUGAAAGUUCCCAAUUUCCCGAACUUUUUGUGAGAACAAUGGUGCCUUGAGAUAUUUGUAUCUUAUGUCAUCACAGCCUCCCCAAAAAGAACAAAUAUUUUAUACUGUGACACCAAUCAUUUUUGUUCGCCCAUUUAUGGCGUUUUGCGGUAUUUAUGAGCAUUAAGCUGGCGAGUUCAAGCAAAACAUCGUCCGAACGACAACUCGUAUCUCAGAAACACUCGGGUCACUUGUAUCUCAAGGCGUCACUGUUUUGUAUUUUUGGAAUUUGGUGAAACUCAUCGUGUGUGACUUGACACAACAUCCAAUGCGAUCCAAAGCAAGAGCUGGAUCAGCACAAAGAUAAUAAUGUUCACUUUGACUGACAUACAACAACAUAUGGAGGAGCGUCACGAAAUAUUAGAAGCACCUACCAGUAGUCUAUUAUGUAACGAAAA